AUGGCAUCAGAUCGUGAAUUGACGAACAAUGACCUCGAUUUCAAUUCUCCGGAUCGAUUUACUCAAGCAGGAACGGAGAGGAAGAGAACAAGAAAGGCUUGUCGGAUUUGUCAUUCCCAUAAGGCGAGGUGUAGUGGUACAACACCAAAUUGUAGGAGGUGUGAACAGAGAGGAUACAUAUGUGAAUAUGAAUCUAUCAGUAGAGGGGUAAGGAGGAGUGUGCCGAGACAACAACCGACGGGCACGAGUCAAAGUGGUGACAGUCCUGGAGCUGGAGCCAAUGCUAUUUCUGCUGGAGGGAGUCCAAUGGAGGUUGGAGAUGGAACGGAUGGUUUAGUGGAUCUUGGGAUCUCCAAAAUUACAACCAAGCGGUACAUAGAUGCAUAUUUCGAAUUUUUAUCUUCAACGCCCGGUAAAGGAUUUAUUCACCGCGCCACAUUUCUGAGAAAUUGGAAUAAUGGUGCUGUGAACCUAGCUUUGGUCAAAGCUAUGUGUGCUUCAUCUAUAGCAUUCGUCUCGAAAGAUGACGAAAGUCGUGCUACAGCCCAGAAAUGGAUGAACGAAGCAGAACUACAUGUUUGGCAAAACCUAAGCAUACCCUCUGCUGUAUUGGUGGAAGUUAUUCUCGUCAUUGUCUUUUAUCGAUUCGAACAUCGGGAAUACUUCAAAUCACAAGCACUCACAGCUGUGGCCGCCAAAAUGGCAUUUGUAUUAGGUCUCAACUAUGAGAAUAAUAGUCUGUCGACUUUGGUGAGAGAAUGUAGGAGAAGAUUGAUGUGGUCGAUUUUUCAUGUUGAUAGGCUUUCUGCUGGAGGGUUUCCGGAGUUGUUGGUUUGUCCUUCCCAUUCGAUACAUAUUCAGUUACCUUGUAGUGAGAAGGAUUUCGAUCUUGGUAUACCAGGAGAGACAGCACCUUUGAUUUCGACAAGAAAUAAUGAGGCGGAUUCUAUGCAUUUGGGAUUGAGAUCGUUUUACUUUCGUAUAUCUGAUAUACGGCAUCGAGUCUUGGAAUAUACGAGAAUUGUCAUACGGGAAAAGUCCAAACCCUACAAUUCAAAAGAUAUGUUACGAAAGUUGGAAGCAGAAUUAGAACAACUACGUUCUUCACUACCUGCAAACCUUCAAUAUAACGAAGACAACCUCUUUCUUCGAGCAUACUCACCACAAUUAACCAGAUUCGUCAUGUUUCAUAUUUUAUGGCAACAAUGUCAUACCGACCUUUAUCGAUUCAUGUUUCCAGGAACUAAGGAUUCAAUAUCUGACGCAAUACUGGAAAACACACCACAAGAAUAUGUGCUUUAUUGUCAAAGAAAAGCAUUCGAACAUGCAGUCAUGAUAUUAGAUAUUUGUCACACAGUACAAAGUAUUGGACAUACAUUGAUUAGUGAUACGGGGAUAGCGACAUGUGUAUAUCAAUGCAGUAACAUAAUUAUACGAGCAGCAGAUAUUGCAGGAUUUUCAAGUGAGGGCGAGAGAGAUAGGAUCAUGGGCAGAUUGGAAAGGGUGACGGAUAUUUUGGAAGGGUUGAGGGAGGUUAAUCCACAUGUUGAUGAUGUUUACCGGAACGUCAAAGAAAUCCUUCACCUCUUCACCACAACCCAAACCCGGCGCCUCUUUCCAAGCCCCAACCUCGGCGUCUCAAGCCCCUCCAUCUUCUCCACCGGCAUAAUGCCAGGUCCUCUCUCCCUAGACCACAUCGCCUACACAACCGGCCAUGACCCACUGCAGAACCAUCGUCCCCUAAACUUAAACACGACGGGAGUUCUUUCACCUACAUCCGAAAGCGCUGCCACACUUGGUUUAUUGGAAAUCAGUAAUGGAAACGAACAAUAUCCGGAUUGGAACUCUGGACAUGCAGAUGAUGGAGGAGGUCAAUGGAUUAACGGAAUUGAUUUUGGUCAGGCGGGGAUGAGGAGUGGGAGUGGGAGUGGGAUGGGGAUGGGGACGGGGACGGAAAUGGUGGGGAAUGUGGGAGCGAUGUUUGAUCCGUUUUGGGGGAUUCAUGAUACUGGGGGGAGUGGGAGUGGGAGUGGACAUUUGUAA